UCUUGUUGUAUGUCUCAAUUCCAUUGUUUUUAUUUGACAAUCAUACACUCUUUCUUUGCAGCCAACACCAUUUUACUAACUGGGCUUAGUGAAAGUGGGAAAACUGUUCUGUUUUACCAACUUCGAGAUGGCUCCUCUCACCAGGGCUUUGUAACAUCAAUGGAACCAAAUCAAGGGAAUUUUUUACUACACUCUGAGGCUAGUAAGAAGGGAAAAUUGAAGCCCGUUCACGUAGUUGAUGUUCCUGGUCAUUCACGGCUUGGACCUAAAAUGGAUGAGUUAUUGUCUCAAGCAGCUGGCAUAGUUUUUGUGGUGGAUUCUGUGGAUUUCCUACCAAAUGUUCGUACUGCUUCUGAGUACAUGUAUGAUAUUUUGACCAAGGCAAGCGUAGUGAAGAAAAAGAUUCCGUUACUACUCAUGUGCAACAAGGUGGACAAAGUUACUGCACAUUCAAAGGAUUUAAUCCGAAGACAGCUGGAGAAAGAAAUCAACAAACUCUGUGCUUCGAGGACAGUGUUGUCUUCAGCAGUUUUUAUGAGUAAAGAAUAUACGCUAGGGGUAGCCGGAGAAGCUUUUGCAUUUUCUCAGUGCCUGAACAAAGUUACAACUGCAGAAGCAUCAGCUGUUAGAGCAGUUUAUCAGAGAAUAUAUAAAGCCUUAAUAUGUUGUGUCAAUCAGAUUGAUGGUUGCAACUAACAACCAAUCCACCGUGAAUAGAUAGGAACGAGAGCAAUGAAUACAACUUCAAAGAGGCAGAUGUUUGUUGUAUUUUUAAAACUGUUUAGAAUUACCAACUGCAAAUGUUUCUAGCAAUUUAAACCCUGGUUCUGCUU